AUGGAUGAUAGAGUUGUAUUGAAGAUUUAUUAUUACGGACGGAUCUUAUUGCAAACAUAUGAGAGAGUUCAAUUUGUGUGUGAAAAUUCAUUAGAUGUUGUUAUUCCGUUCACAUUGUCAUUUGAGGAAUUGAAAGGUGUGAUUUGUGAGAAGAUAGAUUCUCAAAGAUGUAGGAGAGUAUCGUGUAUUUUGUACAGGUAUCCUUUACCUGUGUUUGGUGGGUUUGUUCAAUUUCAGACCAAGUAUGUGACGGACGAAGCGACGGACCGUAACAUUGAAUUGGAAGAUUAUAAUAGUGAAAGCGAAGAUGAAUUUGAAAGUAACUAUGAGAUCGUCAGUCCAGGUGAAGACGAAGAUGAAGCUGGCGGCGCCAUGAACGCAGAUGUGGCGGAAGUUGCAAAUGCACUAGCAAACCCGCAUCCGUUUCAGGAGCCUUCUUUCAUGCGGUCGUUGGAUUUGGAGGCUAUGCACGCACCGGAGUUUCCGCAAUAUAUGAAUGCAGCGUCUCCUGUUGUGGCGGAUGGUGAGUUCACAGUGGGGAUGAAAUUCAGUUCAAGGGAGGCAGUAAUCAAGGCAAUGAAAGAUUAUACCAUCCGGAGAGGUGUGGACUAUUGGGUAUAUGAGUCGGAACUGACGAUAUUCUAUGCCAAAUGUACAGAAUAUGGGAAUGGUUGUGAUUGGUUGAUCAGGGUAACCAAAAUGCAGAAGAAGUACUGUUGGGAGAUAAGGAGGUACAAUGGAAGUCACACUUGUACCAGGUCUACUAUUUCUCAAGACCAUUCGAAGCUGGAUUCCAAGACAGUUGCAGAAGCAAUAAAGCCGUUGGUAGAGAUUGACUCAUCUAUAAAGGUGAAAUCAGUAAUUGCUGAUGUCCAGUCAAAGUUUAACUACACCAUCAGUUAUUGCAACGCUUGGUUAGCAAAGCAGCAAGCGGUCAAAUCAAUUUUCGGAAGUUGGGAAGCAUCGUAUGAAGCUUUGCCCAUAUGGUUUGAGGCCAUGUGCCACAAAGAGCCAUCAGCAGUGGUUCACUUUGAAACAAUGCCUGCUUACCAGGGGGAUGAUUUGGUUCCUGAUAUACGUGUUCUACAUAGAGUCUUCUGGAGUUAUUACCCCUGUAUAAGGGCCUUCAGACACUGCAAGCCAGUGGUGCAGGUGGACGAGACUCAUUUGUAUGAAAAAUACAAGGGUUGUUUAUUGGUUGCAGUCUCACAAGAUGGUAAUAACAAUAUCGUGCCUAUUGCAUUUGCCAUAGUGGAGGGAGAGACUUCUGAUGCAUGCUAUUGA